UGCGCCGGAGGAGUGUAGUGUUGUUGACAAGCGUCCGUCGGAUGUCAUAAUAACCGUGGUCAUAUUUUCUCUGAUGAACAUGAUCAAAAAUCCUUUUCACUCUUCUAUGAUUUUUCUUUCGCACGCCUUUAACAUAACGUUACGUCAAUAAACACCGAAACGGAAAACAUAUAUAAAAACAGGGUGAACACAUGAUUGUGCUGUGUCAUAUCAAAAUGAUCAAUGACUUUUGUGAAUUGUGAAUGGGAAAGAAAUGUGGAUUGUUUACCUUUUCAAUCUGUCUUUGAAUACGAGGAUUUUCGAUUAAAAUAAGAUGUCAAGAGCAAACGACACGCUGGAGGACGAGGAGAAGCGGAGAUGCCCCGCUGGUGCUGAUCCACAAUGUUCCCCCUCCUUCACCUGCGAUGACACCCCGCACUAUUUACCUGAGAGAUUGAAUUUGGAGCCAUCCGUCGUCGCCAUGGAGACAAGCCCCUCCCCUUCUACUCAUGGAACAAGCCUUCUGUCGUUGCCAUGGGAGAUCGUUUCCCAGAUCGCCUCACAUCUCCCGGCAAAGUGUGUCAUUAAUGUGCUGCCGCAGGUUUGUCAGACGUUGGGAAAGCUUAGUGAGGAUCGCUUGGCGUGGCAGCUUCGGGCUCAUAAACUCUUGAGUCCCGCAGCAUCUUUCCCAGUCGGGCCCAAGGAAGAUUUUGAUUGGUCCAAGGCCUGUUUAGAAAUGGAGCAGCUGAUUGGCUGCUGGACAGGGCUUGAGAAUCAGGCAGAGAGACAGGAAACAGCGGGAGAGAGACAGGAAGAGGCAGCUGACGUGGUGAACGGUGAAGCGCCGGCAGCUGAGGGGAACGUGGUAGAGAUGCAGCUGGAUGUCGAUUUAAAUGCUGCAGUGCAAGCAGGAGAAGACAGUGUUCAAGUUCAAUCCCAGAAUGCAUCUGAUAGUUCCCAGUUGAGUGAGUCAUCCAGCACUUCUUCACCCUUGGAGCAUGUCAUCCUUCCUUCUGGCCACAUUGCAGAUGUGAAUUGUGUCCUCCUGCUGGGUAGAAAUGAGGCGUUGUGCGCCUCCGGCUCUAGGGACAGAAACGUGAACCUGUGGGACCUUCGAGAGGGGCCCAGAGGCAAGUUAAUUCAUACGCUAGUGGGACGCGGGACCAUUAGUACCCACCGGGGCUGGGUGUGGUGCCUGGCCUCCAGCGGACCUCUGCUGGCGUCUGGCUCGUUCGACAGCACCGUCAGGCUCUGGGAUCUUGAAGCCGGAGGAGCAGAACAGCGGCUCAUCCAGUCCAAAGCUGCUGUGUUAUGUCUGUCCUGCGAGAGGGACAUGGUGCUGGCCGGAUCACAUGAUCAGAAAUUAAGCAUCUUUGACACCCGAGCUGCAGAUCCACUGGUCAAGAGUCUCCGUCUUCACACUGAUGCUGUGUUAUGCCUGGCGUCUGAUGACCAGUACAUCUUAUCAGGCAGUAAAGACCACACCGUCAGUCUGUUUGACCGCAGGGCAGGGAAACUCCUGCAGAAAGUUCAGCUGAGCUCCUACCUGCUGUCUCUGUCCUACAGCGCUCGAGAGGUGUGGGCCGGGGAUAACCGUGGACUCGUGCACACCUUCUCCAUGCACAACAGCUCCCUGACGCCCAUAUCUCAGGCUAACAUCCACAGGUCACUGGUCACAGGUGUACACUACUCUCCUGGUGCUCUCUACACGUGCUCGUCUGACCGCACUAUCAAGGUCCACCUCCCAUGUGCUCCACCCAAGACACUGUGCACCCUUCACCAUCAGGCAGGGGUUAAUGGGUUAAGUGUUGAAGGAGGAACGCUGGCCAUCGCUUCCGGUGACAUGAAUGUGGAAGUCUGGAGGCCCAGAUGCUGAGAGUCUAAAAGCAUUUGAUUGCAGGGAACAACAGGAUCCAAUCAGUCCUUCAAUGAAUUUAUCAAUGCGUUAUUCUUUAAUUUGUUUAAUUUUAAUGAACAAAAAAAGAUGAUGAAUGUUUAAGGUGUCAGAUACAUGUUUUUAAUGAUUCUAGAAACUAUACGACAUUCACAGUUUUUCAUCAUUCUCUAUGAAGAAUACACUCAGCUGCACACUCAAGUGUCCAAAAACCUUUCAGUGCUUCGUAACACAGGAACAGCUUUUGUGAUUUGUGUGACCAAUACUUGAACAUUUCAACAUAAUCAAUGCUUAUAAUAUACUUAGACCGAAGACUCUCUGAAGCACACAUAGUAUACAAUCUACAAAUGAGGCAAAAUGCUUUAAAAUGAAUGCACUUAAUGAUCAGAGCAAACUACAAAAUAUCCUAAUGACAAAUGUUUACAUUUAUGAAUUAUGUCUAGUUAUUAUUGCCGACAGUGCUGUUGUAUUGUUCUGUGACUGAUUGAAUGUCCCCUUUCUUGUUUGUUUGGUUUGAAACAAAUCAUUAUAAAU